CAGCUCCUCCCGGGGGCCGGCCCGGGAGAGGCGUGAUGCAAUUUCCGCGAAACCUGCCAUAGGUUUGCAAGCCGAGGCCCCAGAAACGAAACCGAUCGCGGCUUUAUAGCGCGGGGGCCGGCGGGUGCGGGUGCAUGUGCGGCGCUCCGCUCCGCCGGCGGCACGGCACGGCACGGCACGGCACGGCACGGGGCGAGGCAUUUAAAAUGUGGACCGCCGGCCCGAGACUACCUGCCUCCCUGGGACCCCAUGGCUCCCUUCUGACCCUCUUGUCGCCACCGCAUUUCGCGGGGCCCUGCGGGACGAUGCCGGCCACCAACGGCUUCGUGGCCACGCCACUGGCGAACCUCCAGAAGCAGCUGGACCUGCGCCUGGUGUGCUCCAAGUGCAGCGUGCGGGACAACGAGACCACCUACCAGUGCCGGGAGGUGGAGCACAAGUGCAUGCACGAGAUCCUGCUGGCCCGGGACAAGAGCAAGAAGAGCAAAGCCUGGCGGAAGGUGGGGCGGCGGCCGGGCUUCCCCAACCCGGUGCGAUACGAGGUUUGCCGCUACUAUGUCGUGGGCGCAGGGUGUCAGCGGCACAAGAACCACUGCACCUUCGCCUGGAGCCGGGAGGAAGCGGCCGUGUGGAACUUCGAGAGGCAGCACCAGCUGGAGCGCCGCGUGCUGAAAGCCCUGGUGCUGUCGGCCCAGGCCACGGGCUGCCCUGACGGCCCCCUGAGCCUGGGAGCGCCCAGCACGGCCGGGGAGAUCCUGAGCGAGUUCGGGGGUGAGUUUCAGGAGAUCUGCUGGCUCUGUUUUUGCCAGAGCCCCCCACAGAUCUCGCUGGAGGGACCGGCGCAGGUCUGCGAGGUCCACCGGACGUGGGAAGCCCUGCUGGUGCACGUAGUGGCCGACUCCAGCCUGAAAAAGCAGUACGUGCCCAUCCGGCCCUGCCCCGAGCUCCUGCCGCGGCUGGACUAUUGCAGGUUCGUCUCCCGCAACGCCCCCUGCAAGUACAGGCUGCAGUGGUGCCGCUACGCGCACAGCGAGGUGGAGAUGGCCGUGUGGGAGGCGGAGCGGCGGCACAAGCUGGUGCGCGCGGACCUGCUGCUGCCUGCGGCUCCCAGCGGCAAGAGCAGCGAGUGCCUGUCCCAGCUCCGGUCCCAGCCCCAGCUCCAGUUCUACUGCCGGGUCUGUCUGGUGACCUUCAGCUCCCAGGAGAGCUUUGAGAACCACUGCUCCUCGGUGGAGCACGCCCAGAUGCUCUCGGCCGAUGCCCUGGUGCAGUGGACUUACCGCACCCCGCCCUACAAGCUGACAAAAUUCACGCUCUGCAGCAGAGCAGACAUCUGCGAGCUGGGUGAGCACUGCACCCAGGCCCACUCGACGGCCGAGCUGGAGGAGUGGAUCCAGAGGGCGAAGGUGGCCAAGAAGAACAAGAAGUCGGCCAAGGAGGACGGGCUGCUGGCCUACCAGGACCGGCUCAUCGCUGAGUACCAGGAGAGCUGCAAUGAGGUGUUCGUGCUGUCUGAGCAGGUGGACGGCGUCACGGUCACGUGCAAGCAGCCCCUGCGGCUGCAGUCCGAGAACAGGAAGGCGAAGUACAAGUGGAGCUUCAAAGUUCACUCCCAGCUGCCCCUGCAGCACGUGGCUCUCCUGAAGAGAGAUCCCGGAGCCACGUUCUUCCUGGCGGGGGACGGGCUGCCCCGGGGCCUCACCUACCUCCGGGGGGAGCGGUUCCCGGUGGUAUCGCCAUCCACGCGCGUGGUGGAGGUCUGCAUGGAGUGCUGCACCUUCGGCGUCUACGACCAGUGGGUGGUCUUCGACUUCGGCACCCGCCCCGUCCUGGUCCGCAAAAUCCAGGCCAAGAUCGGCCGCAGAGAGACCCCGCGGCACAUCCCGGCCCUGCCGGAGGCCAGCUGCAUGGUGGACUUCGAGCGGUGGCACAGCGGGAACCGGGUGAUAGUCCCCUGCAUGCAGCGCACGGGCGACGACCUGGACUUGCUGGCCAAGUACAAGGCACCAGUGCUGUCCCUGGGGUUUCAGCCCGGAGGCACGGCGCCCGUGCCCGUCACCCGCCUCAACUACCGGGAGAGGAUGCACGACUUCCUGUUCCGGGAGGAGGAAGCGGAGCAGACCCUGAUCACCAAGCUUAAUUUGCAGGUCACCAUCACCCCGAGCCCAAUGCUGCAGACGCUGUCGGUGGGGAUGCAGUUCGCUCUCCCGGGGGACCUGUACGCUGAAGUGCCCACCCCGUUCGCCCUGACGCCGGACACCGACGAGGGCUACCUGCUGAACCGGUCCGUGACCACCGCGUUCCUGGCGCCCGUCCCGCCCACAGACAACCGGGUGUUCGAGGUCAAGGUGGAGAAGAAGGUGACCAUGGAGAAGAGCCUCUGGCUGAGUAUCCCCCAGAGGUGCUGCCGGGAGCUGGGCUUGCAGGCCGGUGUCUCCCGCCUGGUGCAGAUCCAGUUCCAGAUCGACCAGCUGCAGUUUCGGUGCUGGCACCGCGCAGUGGACUGCCUGCUGGACGAGCGGCUGGUGCUGCCCGACGUCGCGGCCUGCUCCAUCCCGCACUCCCCCAGACCCCACCUCCUUGGGAACGCGAAGCAGAAGCUGGCUGUCUCCUUCAUCACUGGCCAAGCCACCGGCCCCCGCCUGGUCCCUCCUCUCCUCAUCUAUGGGCCUUUCGGCACUGGGAAGACCUUCACCUUGGCCAUGGCCACCCUGGAAAUCCUCCAGCAGCCCAACACGAGGGUGCUGAUCUGCACCCACACCAACAGCGCGGCCGACAUCUACAUCCGGGAGUACUUCCACGAAUACGUCGUCAGUGGGCACCCCGGGGCGGUGCCGCUGCGCAUCAAAUACACGGACCGCCCCAUUGGCACGACCGACCCCAUCACUCAGAAGUACUGCUGCCUCACCAAGGACCAGAAUGUCUUCCGGCACCCCACGCCGGAGGAGAUAAACAGGCACCGCAUAAUCAUCACCACCUCCAUGCUGUCCCAGAACCUGCGGGUGCCUCCGGGCUAUUUCACCCACAUCCUGAUUGACGAGGCUGCUCAGAUGCUGGAGUGCGAAGCUCUGAUUCCUCUUUCCUAUGCCACCCUGGAGACCCGCAUCGUCCUCGCCGGGGACCACAUGCAGAUCACCCCCAAGCUGUUCUGCCUGGGGGGCGAGCAGUCCGCCGAUCACACCCUCCUCAACCGCCUCUUCCAGUAUUACCAGAAGGAGAAGCAUGAAGUGGCCAAAAAGAGCAGGAUCAUCUUCAACGAGAACUACCGCUCCACGGCAGGCAUCAUCGAGUUUGUCUCCCAGCACUUCUACGUCGGCAAGGGCAAUGCCAUCCAGGCCAGCGGCAACAUCCCAGCUCACCCCGAGAUCUACCCGCUCAUGUUUUGCCACGUGUCCGGCUGCACGGAGCGGGAUAUGUCCAUGACCUCCUGGUACAACACCUCGGAGAUCAUGCAGGUGACUGAGAAAGUGAAGGAGAUGUACCAGAAGUGGCCGGACGAAUGGGGACCCCGGGAACUGAAGAGCAUCUGUGUGGUCUCCUAUGGCAUGCAGGUCCAGGUCAUACGGCAGGAACUGCGGAAGAAGCAGCUGGGAGCAGUGAUGGUGGAAAACUAUGAAAACCUACCAGGGAGGGAGUUUCGGGUCAUCAUCAUCAGCACGGUUCACACCAAGGAAAGCCUGCUGGGCUGCACCUCCCGCAACCUGGAGUUCUUCAACGAGGCGCGGGUGCUGAACACCAUCAUGACGAGGGCCCAGUCGCAGGUGGUGGCAGUGGGGGACGCCGUGGCCCUGUGCUCCUACGGCCAGUGCAGCAAGCUGUGGAAGCGCUUCAUCCAGGAGUGCAUCGAGAAGGGCAGCGUGAGCCCCGAGACCCUGACGCUGGCUCAGAUCAAGCAGGCGGUGAGCGACAAGGAGAGCUGGGCCCGCCGCAGCGCCAGGCAGGUCGAGGAGGAGGAGGACAGCGACACGGACUCCUGGGCCUCCGAAGCUGACCUGAAUGCCGAUGAUCCCGUCCUGCAGGAGCUGCUGGAUGAGAGCAAGAACGCCCUGGUCACGGUGUCAGAGGAGGGGCUGCUGAACGUGCGGGCGGCAGCGCCAGCCGCGCCGAUCGGCCGCGUGGAGUACAUCAGCUAUCCCGCCCGCACCAUGCAGGAGUACCUGCACAUGCAUCCCAAGCUCUACAAGCGGUGCGAGCUGGUCAAAGAGGGCUUCGACAGGGCCGUGGCCUUCACCCUGGAUGACUCUCCACCCCUGAGCAUCCAGAUCAAGGGCCGGGUGAACUGCGGCAUGGCUUUCACCGGGGACGAAGUGCUGGUCUGGCUCCAGGACGAGGGUGCCACGGCCCGGCCCCACGGCAAAGUGGUGGGCGUGCUGAAGGAAGCGGAGAGGGAGCGCGUCUUCGUGUGCAUGAUGGACGAGUUUGACCCGCGCGUCAUGAUCCCCAUCGACCAGAGCGUCACCAAGAUUUUUGUGCCGGGGCUGAAGGGGAAGCCGAAAGUUGUCCCCAUCCGCCGGCGGGUCAAGGACACCUACCAGGUGGUGAGCUGCGAGAAGAUCAGCCCGGAGAUGCGGCGGAGCCGGCUCUUCUGCGUCCAGGUGAUCUCCUGGCGAGAAGGCUUCUAUUAUCCUCUCGGCAUCAUCACGGAGAUCCUGCCCGCGGCGUUCGCGCUAGAGGAAGGCCUGAAGAUCCUCAGCUUGGAGUACAACCUGCCCAAGCAGUACCCCAGCCCGGUGACCAAGGAGCUGGCCAAGUGCACCUCCCUCCCCUCGACCCUCAGCAAGGGGAAGGUGCGGGAUUGCCGGGGCUACCUGACCUUCACGGUGGACCCCCAGGGUGCCAGAGACCUGGACGACGCCAUCAGCAUCCAAAACCUGGGUGACCACUACGAGAUCGGGAUCCACAUUGCGGACGUGGCUGCCUUCGUCCACAAAGGCAGCGCGCUGGACACGGAGGCCAGGAAACGCGGUGCCACCUACUACACGCCGGGGAAGCAGCCGCUGGGCAUGCUCCCGCCGCGGCUCAGCCAAGACCUCUGCAGCCUCCUCCCUCAGAAAGAUCGCCGCGUGAUCUCCCUGUUUGUGACCAUCAAGAAGGUGGGCGACCAGGUGAUGAAAGGGGUCUUCGCCGUGUCCACCAUCCGCUCGGACCGGCAGCUGACGUACGAAGAGGCGGAAGGCAUCAUUAAGAGCCGGCACCACGGGGAGGCGACGGCUCUCUGCUUCGACACCGUGGAGGACUGCGUCGCCGUGGCGUACCGCUUCUCCAGGGUCCACCGCAAGUUCCGGCUGCAAGAAGAUUGCUACUACGACCAGCUGGAUGAGGAGAGCUCCCCGGGCCACCGGGGCUCCCACCAGAUGAUCCAGGAGUUCAUGAUCAUGUUCAACAGCUUCGUGGCCGAGUUCCUCACCAGCAAAGCCGACACCAAGAGCGUCACUCCCCUCCGGUGCCAGAUGGAGCCCAACCCACAGCAGAUGGCUCACAUAAGGAACAAGUACAGCCACAUGAUCCCCUUAUCCAUCCACCUCUCGCAUCACCUGGGCAAGCUGCCGGCUGCCCCGGCCCCCGCCCAGGCGGUGGAGUUCAGCCUCCUGACCCCGCUGUGGCAGCACCUCCAGGCGGCCGCGCGGGCCCACGACUUCCACAAGAUGCUGGACCUCAUCGCGACCGACGACAUCCACCCGCACAUGGCGCCCGUGGUCCUGGAGUUCAGGAAGCUGCUGAGCCGCUCCUACUUCAGCCGGUCCAACUCGACGGCUCAGUCCAAGGCUGGGCACUACUCGCUGCACGUGGACUCGUACACCUGGGCGUCCUCCCCCAUCCGCCGCUACCUGGACCUCGUGGUCCAGCGGCACCUCCACGCCGUGCUCUUCAAGGAGCCCGUGUCCUACUCCAUGGAGGACAUCGAGUUCCUGUGCCACGACUUCAGCCGCAAGAACUUGUGGGCGCAGGCCUACGAGAAGAGAGUGCGCUCGCUGCAAAUGGCCACGCAGCUGCGAAGCCAGGUCCUGCAGAAGGUGGCCUUCGUGGUGAGCGUGGAGGCCACGAGCCGAUACUUCCGAGCCCUGUUCCCGCUGAACAAGGAGAGCCUCCCCGACCUCCAGCUGCUCAACUACCGGGCCCUGCAGCUGGCGGAGCAGCCCACGUUUAUCCCGCAGCGGGGCAGCAUGCUGCUGAAGUGGAGGAGGAGGAUGUACUCCGUCACAACUGGCAAGAACCACAGCUUGCAGCCUGGGCCCCUCCAUGACCAGGACGUCACCCUCUUCAGCCCUCGGGCAUGGCAGGAUGUGCUGAGGGCUGUCCAAGAGGAGGAUUUCGAUAGCGUGAUCGCCCUGCUUCAGAAGGGCCAGGGCCGGUACCAGCAGCAAGUGGGGAGAAUCAGUCGGAGCGAUUGCUCCCACUACGUGGAGCUGUGCGUGGAGCUGAGCACCGGCAAUGCCCUGCGGCUGCAGCUCACCACGCACGUGCAUCGGGGCUUCCUGGUGCCCUUCGUGCAGCUGUGGAGCGUGGCGCCCGGCUUCGACGUCUGCUUGGAGCACACGGAAAAGCCCAUCGACUGCUUCUCCGCCUACGCCACGCAGGCCUCGAAGGACAGCUACACCAGCCCGGAGGACUACGCCCGCGUGUGGCAGCCGCUGAGCGCCAUGGAGUCGGCCUCGUGCGCCGUGGCGGAGAACGACUCCAUCAUCCUGCACAACGUGAAGAUCACCUGGGCGCAGAAGAGGACGCGCAAAGGGCAGCUGCAGGGCUCUUUCUGCCUGCCCCAGGACUUCCUGAACGAGUGCGGCAUCGAGGUGGAUUUCAGCAACUGCUACCUGUGCAUCCGCCUGGGAGGGCUGCAGCUCGGCGGGCUUCCCCACCCCAAGGACGCUCUCAGCCACCGCCUCGAGGACCUCCACCUUUCCAGCGAGACGGCGGCCGACGGCAAGCUGGUCAUCGACCCGGCCACCUACACCUGGGUCGCCCACGGCCUGACGGAAGACUCCAGCGCCGACACCAACGGGAAGUCGGACAGGAAGACUCAGGAGACCGUGAAUUUCUACGUCCAUUUUCUCGCCAUGGAGGAGGUUUCUGCGGAGAUCUCCCAGGACAGCGCCCGGUUCACUGUGGAGCUCAUCCCAAAGAUGCUCCCCGAUAGCCGGAAGGAGGCGGCGAUCGAGAAGCUGAAGCAUUCACCUGCUCUUGCCAAGAGCAUAGCGCUGGGACAGGAGACUCCGGAGAAAGUGAUCAAAUCCAAGCUCCUGGUGCAGAAGGCCUUUGAUCUCCCGGGGAGCAGCAGGAAGCUCAACCAGAGUCAGAACGCGGCCGUCCAGGAAGCGCUGAGGAAAUCCUUCACGCUCAUUCAGGGACCGCCAGGCACGGGGAAAACCGUUGUCGGGACCCACAUAGUGUACUGGUUCCACAAGCUGAACCAGGAGACGCCGGAGGAGACCUCUCUGAAGGACGCGGAGAAGAUGAAGAAAUGCAUCUUGUACUGCGGCCCAUCCAACAAGUCUGUUGACGUCGUUGCUGAGAUGCUGCUGAAGAUGAGACCAGACCUGAAGCCAUUAAGGGUUUACGGGGACACCGUCGAGUCGAUGGACUACCCCUACCCGGGGAGCACCCGGUACUUCUCCCGGAAGGCCCUUCGCGACACAAAGUCCAAGCCUGAGCUCAGAGACAUAACCGUGCAUCACCGCAUCCGGGAGCCGACGAAUCCUCACGCCCCGAAAAUCCACGAGUUCGACGCGAGAUUCAGGAAAGGGGAGCAGGUCGUGGAGGAGGAGCUCAAGAGAUACAAGAGCUUGCUGUUAUUAGCACGCGUGUACGAGUUCAAGCGCCACGACGUCAUCCUGUGCACAUGUUCAGCCGCCUCCGCCCCCAGCCUGGUGGAGUUCCUGAAUGUCAAGCAGAUCCUCAUUGACGAGUGCGCCAUGUCUACGGAGCCGGAGACCCUCAUCCCUCUGGUCAGCCACAAGAGAGCUGACAAGGUGGUGUUGCUCGGGGACCACAAGCAGCUGCGGCCCGUGGUCAACAACGACUUCUGCAAGACUCUCGGCAUGGAGACCUCCCUCUUUGAACGCUACCAGAGCCAGGCCUUGAUGCUGGAUACGCAGUACCGCAUGCACGCAGACAUCUGCAAGUUCCCAUCCCAGGAGUUUUACAAGGGCAAGCUGAAGACGUGCCCUACCCUUCACCGUCAGCCCAGCGUCCUCUUCCACAAAAGCAAGGUCUGCUGUCCGGUCAUCUUUGGUCACAUCGAGGGGAAAGAGCAGAGUCUGGUGGUCUCCACUGAGGAGGGAAACGAGAACUCCCGAGCAAACCUGGAGGAGGUGGAACAGGCGGUGAGGAUAGCAAAGCAGCUGACCCUGGAUGGCUCCAUCAAACCACAGAGCAUUGCCAUCCUGAGCCCGUACAAUGCCCAGGUGUCUGAGAUCAACAAGCGCCUUGCUAGAGAGGGGAUCCGUGACAUGACCGUGUGUAGCAUCAUGAAAAGCCAAGGGAGUGAAUGGAGGUAUGUGAUCCUGUCCACCGUACGCUCCCGACCCCGGUCAGAAAUCGACUGGAAGUCCACAAAGAGCUGGCAGAAGAAGUUCCUGGGAUUUGUUACGGACCCCAACCAGAUCAACGUAGGCCUCACGCGGGCUCAGGAAGGACUCUGCAUUAUAGGGAACCGUUACCUCUUGGAGUGUAACCCCCUGUGGAGGAGGCUGCUGGAGCACUACCGGCAACACGCUUGCUAUACUACAGCUCAAGGCAUUUACGUCCAGCAGAAAUCUGCCCUUCGCCAAUGAGACUGGACCCAGCCGGAUGAACCAGCCCCUACGUGCGGUGUGAGGCGUGCAUAGGGGACAGCACCGUGUCCCAGCAGCUCUCCACUAUUCGGGCGUUCAGCGACAAACGGGAUUCAUCGGGGACUCCAAGACAUUUCCCUGUAGGUCGGCCGCUCGCCUUUUAAGCAAUUUUAGGGGGUUUUUUUUAAAUGAAAUGCAAUCUUAAAUCAAAACUUUGAAGUCUUUGAAACCAAAAAGCUUUGGAAAUGGAUGUGCGGGGCAGCCGGUUGGAUGAGCUCCUCGGUGGAAUCCAACCCUCCCUUUUUAGUGAAUGCAGGGACACUUUGGGGACCAAACAGAUCUUUCCAGUUCAGCAAGAGCUAAAGCAUCGCACGCAACAGCUCUACGAGAACGGCCGGGAUGUGCCCUACAAGGACCAACGCUUCCGAAUCCUACCGCUAGUUUUAAAGCCAACGCCUGAUUUUUAAAGCGACCUUAUUUUGCCAAGCUGAAAACCAGCUUUGUUUUUUAUCUUAAAUGAAGGAAUAGCAAAAAGUGAACCACAAAACAUUCUUGGCCAAACAAAGUGCUAUUUGUCCGGCCAAGCCUGAGCUGGAUUUCUGAACAGACCCAUCAACUCGACCUGUAUCAAGUGGACAGUGAUAUGGAAGACGUCUACAAGACAAUGGAUGCUGGAAAGAUGCUUUUAUUUGAGUUUUUACUUGAAACUGUUUCCGCUUGUAAAGAAAACCUGCUUGGACAAACAAGCAAACAAAGAAAUCCUGCUUCUAAUUUAUUAACUUAUCUUGGUGAACUUUUGCCUCAGUGGAUGGUGCAAGCUUUUAAGAACAGUGUUGGAUGUGAUAUAUAUAUUGUGCUAUAUAUAAUUUGUAAGAUAUACUUUUUUAAAGUAGCCACAUUGCUGAAUCACUAGCCAAGAAGGGGCUGAUGAUGACUCCUUGCAAAGCUGCAUCCUACUUUAACUUGUCUUUUAAUGUCUGUGUAGUGGUGAAACUGUGUGUAGCUCAGUCCUGAGCUUCGUUAGCCUUGAAGCUGCUGGUUCAAGUGUGGUAGCUGGGGGAGGCCGCUUUCUGUCCUCGUCCCAGGUCUGAAUGUAUGAAGUGCCUGCCUCUGGCUCUCCCCGAGACCAAAUACACGGACAUGCCUAGAGGUCCCACGGGGAGAGAGCGGGGAUGCAGCUGCAGCGCUUCUCUACCAAAUGAAGACAUGGUGGGACACGAGUCGUCCGGGUUCAGCUACUGAUUCACCCGACGUCGGUAGUCUCAGCAGGGAUUUGCUCCUGUGUUUGCACUAAAGAAAAAGGCAGCAGGGUUGCCUUCUCAAUGUAAGGAAUGUGCAAUAAGAAGGCGUUGCCUCCGGGACUGUCGCGUGUGACGCUGUUUGGUUUGCGUGCCCUGACUCUUCACGAUAAGUUUGACUCGUGUGCAGCUGGGGAAAGAUAAAACCUCUGGCUUUAUCUGCCUUUCCCCUACUCCUUGUUUUAAAUUGCCUCCUUGCUUCUCUGCGUUUGUAGGACAGAUUUCCAGGAGGGGAAAGACAGAGAGGGAGACCACCCGUGCUGUCCUGCUGCGGCAGUGUAAAAGCACUUUGUGAAUUCAAGUGCCACGGAGGUGUUGAAAGACAAAGGGGACGGGGCGUAAAGGCUUGGGGCAGGCGGCUGCCCCGUACUGAUGUGUCUUAUCUCAGAGAUUUUGAAAGAGGCCUUAUUUUGCUACGUCAUUAGUGCGGCUCCAAAAUAAACUCUGCAGGGCUUGUUUUACAGGUUUCUGAAAUGCAGCCACUUCUGGGGGGGGCGGGGGUGCAGAGAGCUGUGAAGGACCCGGGGAUCCUGAAUUCAAAGUAUUUCAGUAUGUCACGGCUAGCCCCAGCGCUGGAGUUUUAUGUCUAGGAAAUUCACCGCAGUCCUUUUAAGCUCGACAGGACUUUUUCCCCUUUCUGUGAUACAAGUCAGGAGUAUCUCUUGAAAUCGUGGAGGUUACCCUUGUGUAAAACUAGUAUAAUAAGUUGGAGGGGAAUCCAGCCCUUUGUGCUGGCGUAGUCUGAUACUUCUGAACAUUAUUUAGCCAUUAAAUAUCUUUGCAGACCAAAAACCAAAAUGAUAUAUAUAUAUUUCCAUGUGUUUGUAUUGAAAAAAACAAAAAACCCCAGUUCUUGCUGCAUCUUACAGGAUAAAACCUCAAGUGAAGCCCUUCAAUUACUUUUACUUUAUUUUAUAAAGCAAUGCUUGGGCGUUUUUGCCAGAAAUGUAUUUUGGAGAUGUGGGUUACAGCUUCUGUUUAGAAAACUGCUUUCCAAGCACCUAUAGUACCUGCCAUGCUGGUGUUCAGCCUAGGUCCCGGGGCUGUGGAGCAGCCCGUUGUAUAGCUGAGCACAAAGCUGCAGUGGCAGAAAGUGGCAUUAACCUAACGUUGUGGAGACAGCUGCCCCGUGUGCCAUGGAUUAUAGUCUUGUGUGUGUGGUGGUUUUGGGUGUAUAGGAUCAUCGAAGUUACUUUGCGGGGGGAAAUGACUAAAAGUUGUCUGACUUCGUAUGGGCAGACAGCUUUUCCUUUGCCACUUAUGAUGAGAGGGUUUUUACAGAAAACCCUUGACAUCGAAGCAAGGUGCGCGUGCCCGUGUUUGCGGGAUAUCUCAGAAACGCCGGACAGCCCUGUUCAGAGUGCUCAAUCACUGCAAUAAACCCUUUUUUAAUCCACAGAGAUGCAAUGUCAGGUGUCAUGAAAUGCAUAUUAAGGAACUUUUAAAUGUAACUAGUUUUGUUUUUUUUUAAUCUUGAAUGUCUGGAAUUUGCGACUUGCAACGGGUUUGGAGCUACGUUUUGGAUACAACUAUUUUUAAAUGUGUUUAAUGUUUCUACAUCUCAACAUUCCCUUUUUUUGAUAUUUAAGCCAUAAUUACAGAGAUGAUUGCAUUUGUUAGAAGGAGACAAUAAAUUUUUAUUGACUGUGGGAA